ACAACGAUCAGAUUUCUUUCCACCGAGCAGCCCAGCUUCUUUCAAGCCUUCCUCUCUUUGACGGGAUGGGCCUGUUUGAAACGGUCGCCUUCACAACCGCCAGAAAUUUUGCCUGAGAGAGCGCCGUACACAGACAAACUCGACUUCCCACGCACUCACGCCUCAAAAGCUGCGGCGGCGGCUUUAGUUGUGGGGAAAUGCCUCCACACGGCCUUCUCCCAUCCCAUUCCAGGGUGGGGAAGACUUGUGGGCGUGAAAGGUGCCUUCCAAGCCACCCGCUGCCAUCAUUUGGGCAGGAGAAUAAGAAGACUCAGCGGAGUCCAGAAGGGGCGGGGUGGAGCUAGCCUCUUUGGGGAGAAGCUGCCGCCUCACCUUAACCACAAGGAGCGUCUUGUACUGCCCGAACAGGCGCGCUCCUCCCUGCUGCGGAGUCUGAAAGGACACGGGAACGCUGUGGGGAAGAGGAAGAAAAAGGCGCGAAGCGGCAUCUCUGCAAAGCGGUUUGCUAGUUCCAGGCACAGGAUGCUGCCGUUGCCAGACGCUGUUCCCGUUGCUCGGAGGGGCUCCCUGCUGCCCACCGCCAUUCACCUCACUUUGUGCCUCCUGACAACGACCUGGGCCGCUGCGUCUGGGCCCACAUACCUGUUGGCAGCUCCCAAGAGCAUCAGGCCUGGGGCAAAUGUGACUAUUGGAGUAGCUCUGCUGAAGGAGAGCCCAGAAAAAGUUACAAUAAAAGCUGAAGUGAUCUAUGCAAAUAACUCUGUACUACGUGGGGAAGCUGUCUUUAAAAGAGAUUCGUUUGGGACACUUGGCCUUCCAGCUCUCCCCUUGGGCAGUACCCCUGGUGAUUACGAUUUAGUAGUCAAGGGGUAUUCAGAAGGUCUACUGCUAUUUUCUAACCACACUGCCCUCGAAUUUGAGCACAAGAGCUUAUCUGUAUUCAUCCAGACUGACAAGUCUAUGUAUAAACCAGGCCAAGAUGUGAAAAUACGGGUUGUUACUCUGUAUCCUGACCUCAGGCCAUACAAUACUCCUAUAAAUAUAUAUAUUCAGGAUCCUCGACACAAUUUGAUUCAACAGUGGUUGUCACAGAAUGGAAAACUAGGCAAGAUUGCCAAGCAAUUUAAAUUAUCCAAACAUCCCAUACUGGGUGACUGGUCUAUAAAAGUUCAAGUCAAUGACCAAACACAUUUCCAGAUGUUUACAGUGAUGGAAUAUGUGUUACCAAAGUUUGAAGUCUUGCUAGCAAUGCCUCUAUUUUAUUCUCCAAAAGACACAAAUUUCAGUGGUACUGUCACAGCAAAGUACACAUAUGGAAAGUCAGUGAAAGGAAAAGUAACUAUUGAUUGUUUCCAGUCCUAUGGAAGGAAGAGAAAUAUCACUAAAACACUUGAGAUUAAUGGGUCUGUGAACUUUACAUUUGACAUUCUAGAGAUGGAGAAUAUGACUUAUGGAAAUUGGGAUUAUUCUUUGCAUCACCAAAUGCCAUUAGAAAUAAUAGCUGUGGUUACAGAGUCACUUACAGGAAUCUCCCAAAAUGCAAGUACUACUAUAUUUCCAAAGCAUCAUGACUACUCAUUAGAAUUUUCUGAGUAUCCAGUUGUUCUCAAGCCUUCUCUAAACUUCAUAGCUACGCUGAAAGUAACAAGAAUUGACAGCAGUCCACUGUCUUCUGAUGAACGAAGGAAUAACAUUGUGAUCACUGCCACAUCCUUGGAGAGUGUUACUUACUAUCCAUAUGAUGAUGGAAAUGAACCACAGGCAAAUGAGAUAGCCCAGAACCUAAUCUACCAUGUUCCAGAAAAUGGGGUUAUUCAGAUUGAGUUUCCAAUUCAUGUUAAUACAACAGGAUUGCGUGUUAAGGCCAAAUUUCUGGAGAGUGAAACUACUAUAGUCAUAUAUGGUACAUUCUACUCUGCCAGCACAACUUUUCUCCAGAUUAAAAAAACAAGUCAGGAUGUAAAGGUUGGGAUGCCUUUUGAGCUGACUGUUCAAAGCAACAAACCCAUGAAAGAGAUCAGCUAUAUGGUGGUGUCUAAAGAACAAAUUGUGGCUGUAGGUAAAAAUAAUUCUGCAACAUUCACUUUAACACCAGAACAUUCUUGGGCUCCUACAGCAUGCAUAAUUGCUUACUAUGUGAGUGAUAAUGGUGAAGUAAUUAGUGAUGAUCUCAAUAUUCCUGUUCAGCUUGUCUUUAAAAACCAGAUUAAUAUGUAUUGGAAUAAAAAUAAAGCUCGGCCUUCUGAGGAAGUCACUCUCAAAAUCAGUGUGACGGAACCAAAAACAGCUAUAGGACUUCUAGUUGUUGACAAAAGCACAAAGCUCCUGGGGAAAAGAAGUGACAUCACAGAGGAUGCUGUACAGCAUGAGCUGAGUUUAUAUAACAGAGAACUUGAUUAUGGUGCAGCCAGAAAUUCAUAUGGUGUCUUUCAGAAAUGCAAACUUUGGGUAUUGACUGAUGCCAGCCUUCCAGAAGAUGAAAACUAUGAAGACAUUAUGUAUUUCAGUCCAGGUUUAGACUUUCAGCAUCAUCUGGAGCAAACAAAUGUGCCUAUUGAAUUUGGUAGUCCCUAUGUAAGGACAAGUUUUCCAGAGACAUGGAUUUGGCGUGAAAUCACAGCAAGAUCUACUGAAACAACAGUGAAUGUCACUGUUCCAGAUACCAUUACGUCCUGGAUAGCCAGUGCAUUUAUAAUAUCUGAAAACCUUGGAUUGGGUGUGGUGAAAAUGCCCAUUGAGUUACAAGUCUUCCAGCCCUUUUUUGUUUCCUUAAACCUUCCUCCUAGUGUUACAAGGGGAGAGCAGUUUAUACUGGAAGUAAACAUCUUCAAUUAUUUGAAAGAAAACACAGAGGUUACGGUGACCCUUGAUACAAGUGACACAUUUGAAAUUCUUAUUGUUUCUAAUGAUCUCAUUGCCAUGGGAAACCAUCGAUCAGUAUGGGUACCAAGUGAAGAAGGGAAGACUGUCAUUUUUCCAAUCAAGCCAAAACAAAUUGGAGAGAUUCCAAUCAGAGUGACAGCAAUAUCAAGCAUUGCUUCUGAUGCUCUCCUACAGAAAGUAUUAGUAAAGGCUGAGGGAUUGGAACAGUCUCAUUCACAGACAGUUCUUUUGGAUCUGUCCAAAAGAGUAGGAUUUACAGCAGAAACACUGAAUUUCACUUUUCCCUCUGAUGUUGUGCCUGGCAGUGAAAGAGUACAAGUCACAGUUGUUGGUGACAUCCUUGGUCCUUCUAUUAGUGGUUUGGAGUCACUGAUCAAGAUGCCUUAUGGCUGUGGGGAACAAAACAUGAUCAAUUUUGCACCUAAUAUUUAUGUUCUGGAUUAUAUGACUAAAACAGGAGAUCCAAAGUCCAACCUUAAAUCAAAAGCUGUGUCAUAUAUGAGAGAAGGCUACCAGAGAGAGCUUCUGUACCAAAGAAAUGAUGGCUCUUUCAGUGCUUUUGGAAACAGUGACAACUCUGGGAGUACAUGGUUAUCGGCUUUUGUGUUAAAAAGUUUCAUUCAAGCUCAGCCAUUCAUAGAUAUUGAUUCGACUAUACUGGAGACAACAGCAGCUUGGAUUGUCAGUCAUCAGAAACACAAUGGAGAAUUCCAGGAGCCUGGAAGAAUAUUGCAUACUGAACUGCAAGGAGGAACUAACAGCCCUGUCUCUCUUACAGCCUAUAUUAUGACUGCACUAUUAGAGUACCAAACGGAUAAGUAUGAUAAUGCUAUAAGAAGAGCGUUGGACUUCCUGGAAUUUAAAUUAAGUGAAGGCAUAUCAGAUAAUUAUACACUUGCCCUUGUGACUUACGCUUUAUCGCUGACAAAGAGUGCAGAAGCAAAGAGAGCUCUGGACACACUGAAUGAGAGAUCAGAACAACAAGGAGAACUGAGAUUCUGGAUGUCACCAAAUUCCGAACUGUCCGAUUCCUGGCAGCCUCCUUCUGUAGAUAUUGAGGCUGCAGGCUAUGCUCUUUUGUCUCAUGCUAAACAACAGAGAUUAUUAGAGGGGAUCCCUAUUAUGAAAUGGCUAAGCCAGCAAAGAAACCAUCUGGGAGGCUAUUCUUCUACACAGGACACUGUAGUGGCCCUGCAAGCUUUGAGUGCCUGUGCAGUGCUUACUACAGGCAUUGAAACAGAAAUGGAUGUAACAGUCAGCUCAUCUAGUGAAAAAGAUGCAGUUGUGUUCAGAAUUGAUAAUGAAAACCGCUUUCUUCUCAAGGCCAAAGAGAUUGCAGCUACCCAGCCAAUAGGAGUUACAGUAUUUGCAAGUGGUCGUGGCUUUGGACUCUUUCAGCUCAAUAUUAUGUACAAUGUGAAAAAUUCACAUACCAGCAGGAGGCGUAGAUCUGCACAAAGUCAAGAAGCCUUUGACUUAGAUGUUGUUGUAAAGGACGACAAAAAAGAUAUAAACCACUUAACACUGAAUGUUUGCACCAGGUAUUUGGGUGCUGGCUCAUCUUCAAGGAGCGGUAUGGCUCUCAUAGAGAUUGGAUUACUGAGUGGUUUCUCUCUGUCACCCAAUUUCAUGUCAUUAGAUGAUCCAGUUAAGAAGGUGGAGAAAGCAGAAGGCAAAGUCCAUUUAUAUUUGGACUCUUUAAAUGAAACACAGGUUUGUGUAGACAUUCCAGCUGUGAGAGACUUCAAAGUGGCAAAUACCCAGGAUGCCUCUGUGACCGUGGUGGAUUAUUAUGAACCUAGGAGAAGAGCAGUGAGAAGCUACAAUUCCAAAGUGAUGCAGAGUUUGUCAUCAUGCACCUUCUGUGAAAAGGAUGAAUGUGAUCUUUGUACAACAGAUGGCUCUUCAUUAAUUGCCCUCUCUUGUGAACUGUUUGUAGUACAUAUAAGCCUGCUGUAUAGUUGGCUGAUCCAGUAAUUGGGUAUGUUAACCAAUGUUGCACUUUUAAGAGUACCACUGAUCUCAUCAUCCUGCACAAAAAGAUCUGGAUGGGAAGGUUUCUCACUUUCACUCACUGCAGGAAGAUAAUCAAUUUGUUGCCAGGAAAAGGUGUGAGUUCUAAUUUGGAGGACUAAGCAUGAGCUCUGUGACAAUUAAUAGAAAAGCUUCGUAGGUUUAGAACUCCUUGCAGGAACUUGUGUCUUGAAAUAGCUAUCAAGAAGAGCUAGACUCCUCCCCAAAGUGCCUAUCAGAAAUGAAAAUUCCAGGACAGAAAUAAAUUUUCUCCUGCGCCUAUUAAAGUUCAGGGACUAACUGCAUAACCCUAUGCAUGUCUACUUGGAAGUAAUUCCUUUUGAGUUCAGUGGGGGUUACUUCUAGGUAAGUGAGUGAAGGAUUGCAGCCCAGACUUCUGUAUCCAGUGACAGAAGGAUCAGACUCAAAAUUCUGGCUAUGUCAGAAAGCUUAACAAUUUUUAAAAUGUAAACAUUUCUGAAUUUACAUUUUCUAAAUAUAUAUAUAUAUAUUUGAAUGAGGUCAGAUUUAUUGGAACAAAAAAAUUAAUCAGGAGUAUAUAGUUCUUUAUUUGUACAUUAAGAAUAAUAUUUUUAAAAAAGAUUUUAGUUUUAGAAAUUAAUAUGUAUAUUAUAAUAUACAUAUUAUAUAAAAAUAUGUGUGUGUGUGUAUGUCUAUACCCCUAAGCCUUGCAUUCAGAUUUAUUCAAUAUUUGUCAGCCUGGUGCUCUCUGGAUGUUUUGGAUUACAGCUCCCACCACAGUUGUGCUGGCUAAGACUGAUGGAAGUUGUAGUCCAAAAUAUCUGGAAAGCACCAGGUUGUACAAAGUCUAGUUUAGUGGAUGAUAUAUUUUAGGUUGACAUCACAUUUAACUUGCAAAUAUUAUUGAUUUUAAGGACACAGGAUCAAGUCCUAGCUUCAGAUGCAGGAACACUAUUCUCUUUUGCAUCUUUUCUAGUUGUGUAGAAGAAAGACCUAUCCCACAGGGCAGCAUGGCAAAUGAUAUGCACUAAAAUUCCCUCUUUUAGACAACUAUCAAAGGUGCAGGUGUCCUGCCCUCUUUUGCAUCUUCUUAGUUAUGUUCUAGAAACUUAUAGGCACCUGUCUCCACAUACUUGUACAAUAUGCAGAGUAGGAGAAUUACUGAAUAACAACACAAACAAAGCAAACAGUUGUUUACAAGCAGCUGGCCCUCAUUGACACUUAUGCAGUUACAAAAUGAAAAAUGCUAAAAAUUAGUCAAGACAAUUUGUACCAGAAAAAUGUAUCUAGUUAUGAUUCUUAUUUUUUUUAAAUGAAAGCAUAUGAAAAACCAAGGAUUUUAAAGAUCAAUUAUUUCUGUCUUUUAGUAAUUCUCAUACUGACCAAUGCACAUUCUCAGACUGAAAUCUGGCAACCGUUUAGUUUUUCAGUAUGAAAUGGGAAGUAAGACAGGAACUGAAAUGGCUCCCAAAUGGGCCAGCAUGAAGCAUCAGCUUGCCCACACAGUGCAAUGUGGAAGAGGCAUUAGGAGCUGUUGAAGUGCAGGGCUGGCUCUCAGUUCUGGACCCUAGAAAUACCUCAAUGGUAAUAAUGCUACCAUAGUUUUAAAAAAAACAAUGCACCCUCCUGCUGUGGUUGGUCAGAGAAAAAUACCUUGCAAAGAGGGUAUUCUUGAAACAGGAACAAAACAAAAGCUGGGGAACAAGGUAAGAUGGAGCCCCAAACAGGCCCUUUUGACACCAGGCAAGAGAAGAAAGAAAAAUCGGAUGUGAGGUAAAGAUAGCAGUGCUUUCCUCAGUCUAGCUCUGAUCUGAAUCCUGAUCUUCUUCCAACUUCCUAAAAAGAAGGUACAGUACAAAACUGAAACUAGUACGUAAGAGGCCCAAGUUAAUAUUCACAUGUUGACAAAAUUCAGUUUCUUGUCCAAAUUCCAAUGUGAAAUUGAGCUCGCAAUUUGAAUUUACAUUUUGAAUGUGAAAACUUACCACAGAACUUAAGUGUUUUAGUCUUAAUGGCAUAUCCUGAUUGUUUCAGUUUUGGCAGCCAUUAAAGCUAUCAUAUACAUUACUCAAUAACAUUACAUCUCAGUUAUCAAAUCUGUCAAUAUAGUAUGCCAACCAUCAAAUAUUGUUAGACAGCAGUUGUCAACAAAAUAACUAUUGCAUUCAGUUCUGUUUUGUGUCAGUAAAUAUCUGAACAUGCAAAUAUUGGUAAAUAUCUGACAUCAAAAUUCAUUGUGAAAAAUUGUCAGAAUUGUUUGGAGAACAUUUUUUCCAACUUUAUAAAGUACCAAUAUGACAGCUAAAUGUAAAAAUGUGUAUUGUGUGGUGCAAGGAAAUACAUAUUUUGAAGUUAAGAAAGCAAUAUUUUUGUCAGUCUAUACCACCAAGUCCAACAGAAUUGAUGUGCUCAUUUGACUAACUCACUAUUAGACCACAUAUACUUGGCCAAAUAUUUAAGGGUAUGCAUUUAUUUUGAUGUCUUGAUUAUAUAUUGUUCUACUGUGCAAUGAUGUAUACAUUUUGAGAGUCUUAGAGCAGUACUCAACUAAUCCAUCGCAUCAGCUCAAGGAUUACCACUAGUGCAAGGGGACUUUUCCCCUUCUCUUUACACCCCAUGCCCUCCCCAAAUCAGCUCAGGAGGGUUGAGAGAACCCCUAGAACAAAUUUUGGGGGCAUGGGGGGGGAGGAAGGAGAGAAGCAAAAGUUCCAUUGCGCAAGCAGAAAUCCUUGCACUGAUGAAGCUACUUACUUUGCUUUGUGCUUAAUACAAUCCUUAGUUUACAGUGUUACAGCAGUUUUCUUUACUGAAUUUCUAAAAUAUUGUGCUGUCUUUUCAAGUUAAAAUGCAACCCCCUCCCCCGUUGCUAGACCACCAUGUGUAGCCUAUCUGUUCCUUCCCAUUGAUUCUAGAAGUCAUUGCAAUUGCUUCAUUAAAUAGCAAUAUUUGGAUUA